GACCUUUGCCACUUCAAAAACUCCGUAGUCAUUUCCAAGAUGGACUUUCCCAUGGUUCUCCGUCAGCCGUACCAGCAAUGCGAAGAGCGGAAGAUUGUAGUCAGCGGGUUCAGAAAAGCUGGGAUCUUCCCCUUCAAUCCCAGUGCCAUAGAUUGGAGUAAAAUAGUUCCCUUGACAUCCAAAAAGCAACAGCCCCAAAAGACUGCGACUCCCUCCAGCCCCACUCCAUCAGCGCCACCACCAGCAGUAACUCCCAGCAAGUACAUGUCCCACCCCCUGGUAGCAGCAGGACUGAAUAAUCCAGAAUUGGCUGAGGUCUUCACAGAGAUAGAUAAUCAAAAGAAGACGAGACCAAAGAAGAUGAAGACCUCACUGAAAGCUAGGGUUAUUACUGAGGAAGAGUAUGAGAGGGAGAUGAAACUGGAGUCGGCAAGGAAAAGAGACAGCAAGACACCGUCUCCUCGUCGCACAACCCCCCGAUGCCGCAGAGAACCCCCAACCAGCCCUGCUACUUCUCCCUCAGAGGGUGAAACUGCAUCUCCCGCAGUCAAACAAACAAGUAAAUCCAGUAGAACUCAGAGCAGGUCACAUCAGAGUACUGAGGAGGGGAGAGACCGAGAACUGGAAGCUGAACAACAAAAUAGCAGCGGUUCUCAAACCAAGAGGGCUGGGUUGAGGCACAAGAGAUUAGACUAUGUUGGUAACUCCAACGAUGAGGAUGGUUAUGGUAUCAACCAAGCCUCAGCCAAGACUAUUUUUCCCCUGAAGAGAGUAUUGCCAAACACACAUACAAAGAUUGAGGCAGUACACAGAAAUAUGUGGCAACCAUGUUCAGAUGAGGAGGAUGUUUCUGAGAUCUCUGAUCUUACCUCAACAGAUUUUGAGGACAACGAAUAUGAACAGCAGGCGAGUUUAAAUUAAUUUGGAUGAUAUAGGCUAAAUUAGAGACAAAAAUCCAUAUCGCGAUGAAUUGCCUGAACUGAUGCGAUGAUGGUAAA